UCUUUCAACCAUAAACUGUGACUUUGGUGAGGCAGAAGAUCUUUACCUUAACAAGCCAAUCGGAAAAGAGCGUUGGUGGUGUUAAAAAGUUUUCUCCAAUUAUGUCACAAUUAAAACAUUUGUCCACGUUGAUGAAUAUUGCAUUGGGGUGUGAUUUUGGUAGAUGCUUUUCACACGCAGCAGCAGCAGCGUACGCUUUUAUGGGGCUGUCUUUCUGUUUGGAGCCUUCAAAGAGGGAGGUCGUUGUGGGCGACACCAAUAUUGCCUUUUUUGGAUCGGACAUGAUGCGUUUACUUCUUGAAUGGGUCCGUACUCGGAUGACGUACUACUACAGGCGGUACAAAUAUUUCUCUAACCACACCGAUUGUUUCACCCAUAUUCGGGUGUUAUGUCAUUACUUUGGUGAGUAGUUUGAGAUGUGUUUUUUUUUCGAGUUUGACAAAAUUUUCCGUCAAAUUUCAGCUUUGGAGGGACACCGGGACCUGUAUUGGAUGAUUAUGUUGUUUCUGUUGUCUCCACCGCUGAUCUUUUUCAGCUUCCAAAUAAGUCGUUCGAAUUCGCUUCUGGAGGGUAGUUAUUUUGGCAUAACGAUGAUGUUCCAUUUCAUCACGAUUUUCAAAAUGACCAUAAUCCGGAUGACCUUCGGUGAGACGCAAAAUUUGAUGAACUACUUCAACGCGCACGUGUUUCACCGGGACGAUCCGGUUUGCUAUCAGCUGCGUCGCAAGGAGUAUUUCAUCACGUGGAAGAUCUUCUUCGCCAUCGGGUCUUACGUAACGCUGAACGGAUUGGCCCACAUCUUCAUUUCGAGACCGAUCAGUCCCUACAUCGGAAUUCAUUCGGCGGAGGUCCGCUGGUUCCACUAUCUGGUCGUCCAGAUGGUUUCGAUUAGCGCGCUGCUGCACCAGAGCAUCUACAUGACGUCGAUUCUGAUCGUAUCGUUCCUGAUGCAUUGGUUUCAGGUCGAGCUGAAAAUUGUCGCCACCGCUUUUGGAAUGAUCUUUCACGAUAAGCCCCCGAGGCCACUAAAGAAAGGUCAAAACAGUGAGCGAAUCAGGCUUCAACGGGAGGAAAUCCACUGGACCGGAAUCGAGAGACGGUUGAUUUAUUGCAUUAGUCGUCACGGAGAAAUCGUUGAAUUGAUCAAACAAUUAAGGAAAAUCGCUCAACCGAUAUUUUUCGCCCUUGGAUUCUACAUCGUGACAACGAUCUCAACCCUAAUCUUCGUCAUCAUUAAAGACCGACACUUUAACAUUCUUGGAGUUGUCCAUGUUGUGGCAACCAUUGCUGAGUUCUACUACUAUGCCCAUCUGAUUGAUGAUCUGGACGAAAGGAACCACAUGAUUGCGAAUGCCCUCUAUGCGCAGAACUGGGCACAGCAUCUGCGCUACAGCGAAGGGCAGUUUGCGAAACACUACAAAAGCUGCAAAACUAUGAUACUGAUUGCGAUCAUGCAUUCUCAGAGACCGUUCCGGUUCACUUGCGGGGGCCUGUAUAAGAUGACCCUAUCGGUGUUCACGGUCCUAAUCGAGACGCUCUACUUUGCCAUAACGUUUAUGUUUAAGACCAUUAAAAUUAAGAAUUGAAUCGUUAAAUAAUACAUAGAUGUGGACAGUACUGCUGAAAAUAUUAAAGUUAACUGAAUCACCUCUAUUUGUUCAAUAAUAGGUAGGGGAGAUAAGGGCAUAAUGGCCAUCUUAAGAAGGGCGUUUAUUGAACCAUACACGAAAAAAAAGGUAAAUUUACAGAGGAGCGAGGUGUGUUUUUAAAUUUUACCUUUUUUAAUUCACCUAGCAAAAUAGUAAAUAACAAGGUGUAGGAGGUGUAACGAUUUGCCAAAUAAAUCGAUUCACGCGUUGCCUGACAUCACUGUUUUUGACACUUCGCGAUUCCUGUUUUGAUUCCUUAUUUUCCAAUUCUACACGCUGAGGAAGCAAAGCAAACAUUUGGGUCCUCAUUUAAUUCUAAUUCACACGUUUUUAUUAAUAGUUCUCAG